CGAAAGUACGUUUCCCGCGAACAAGCAUUCGACCAUUCGUUCCGGAAUGCCUAACACAAAGAUCACCCCCAGAUCGAGGGCCAUAUGUCCGCUAUGUAAAGAAGAGGUCGCUGCUGGUGAGAGGUUCGAGCUGCACGUUACACAGUGCGCAACGAGUCCCAAAAGACACGCAUGCUAUGAGUGUGGAAAAGACUACAAGGAACUGGUGUACCUAAAACGUCACGUGAAGCAAACGGGACAUACUCAAGCGCCUUCCGUGGAAAGUGCAAAAACACCCAAAACACUCGGGGACGACACGGUGGGUAGCGACAGCAGUUGGGAUAGCGACCCCGAAGUUGGUGUAGAGGAAGAACCUUGCAUAGAUUUUAACGUAGGAAGAAUAAUCAGGAAACGGACGGCGCCAGAACCAGUCAUGGCUCUUAAGAAGCCGCAUCUGGCCGUGGAGCAGGCAUGCAGCUCCUGGAUCGGAAACGAGGUCAGCCGUGAUCGCCCACUUGAAACUGCCGCUCCAGACCAUAGUUCGAUGAAAAGACAGGUCCCCACGGUGGUUGGCUGUAACGUACAGACCCAGACAGACGAACCUAGGGUAAACAAAUGCGAUGUGUGCGAUAUCACCUCCGGCAACCAGGCCAUGAUGUUCGUACACAAGGGUUGCCAUUGUGUCGACAAUCCUAUGAGAUGUAAUGUCUGCGGUGAAACAUGCCAUGACGCGAUGGGUUUCUAUAUCCACAUAACCAUGGGGCAUACUGCCAAAUGACUUAAACACAUUUAGAACUGUUAGAGUUAGCUGUAUAGUUUAUUGUUACUGUUUCUUGUUCAU